GCUCAAGGUAAGAGGUACCGCCACACAUCAAGGAUACAAGCAGGCCGCCGGCCGCAGGUCCAGACAACCUUUUACACAGCAUCAUCAACUUGGCUACCUCAUCCUCAUCCUCAUCCUCAUUCAGCUCGAACAUAUCAAGAAUUAAAUAGCUUCAUCCCUAUACGUCUAACCUAUACAUACUUGAGGGCAUUCCCAAUAAUAUUAAUUAAAUCUUAUUUUCUUCCUACUACCCUGUCCCUAACCAGAUACCUAGGUUACGUGCCUACCUAUGUUUCCGCUAUUUACUUCCAAAGCUUCCGUUAUGUCAUCUAACCAACCCCCCAUCAAUGCCGUAUACUAUCCCAGCUGGCGAGUCUAUAAGGGCUUUCCCCCUUCGUCCCUCCAGCUCGACUGCGUUAACCAAAUAUACUAUGCCUUCGUCCGGCUAAACGAAGAUGGAACCCUCAAACUAUUAGACGAGUUUGCAGACUUAACCAAAGACGUCGACGGGGAGAAGGGCUGUCUCCGUGCGCUGGCCAAACUAAAGCAGCAAAAGCCUGAUCUCAAAACUCUAGUAUCAAUUGGUGGUGGCAGCGGCAGCGCCGAGUUUCCCGCCAUGGCCGCGCACUCUGCCCAUCGGAGUACGUUCGCGAGGUCCUGCAAGGAAUUCGUAGAGCAGUACCAAUUCGACGGCGUAGAUAUCGACUGGGAGCACCCGACAACACCAGAAGCAGGUAAAAAUUACAUUGCCGUACUCCGCGCCCUAAGAGAGGUGCUGCCCUCGCCCCGAUAUCUCCUUACUACCGCCCUGCCCACUGGUGAGUACUGCUUGAAGAACAUCGAUAUGCACACAGCGGGAAAACUCCUCGAUAGUCUAAACCUAAUGGGCUACGACUUCAAUGGCCCAUGGACCGAUGUAUCAGGCCACCACGCCCAGCUCUUACCCCAGCCAGGCUUACAAGAGCAUGUAUACCCGGCUCUGAGAAAUUCUUGCCACCGCGGUGUUGAGUACCUGGCAUCACGGGGCUUCCCAGUUCACAAAAUUGUGCUAGGUGUGCCCGUAUACGCAAGGUCUUUUGCUGGGGCCCGUGGGGUUGGUCAGCCCUUCAAGUCAGCUGCAGAGGUCGACUACAAUGAUCUACCGCGGGAGUGGAUCAGGCAUGCAACUGUUGAUCAUCAUGUAGUGGCUGCGAGCUACGUUGACCAUGCAGGUAAGGGAUUCGUCAGCUUUGACGUCCCAGAGACGGUAAGACGGAAAGCUGAGUAUGUAAGGAGAAAGGGGCUGGCUGGGUUAUUCUACUGGACUGGUGUUGGCGAUGUUAAGGGCCCUGAGAGCCUAGUUCGGGCUGGACAUGAAGAGCUUAGCAGGGGGUAAACAUUGAGGCCUAUGUGGCCAUGAUGAAGGUAUGUCCGUGUCCAAAUAGCUCUUCCUAGUAUAUCCACGUCAAGGUGUAGUUUAUUUUUAGCAAGUAGAGACAAUCGGAAAUCACAAACAUUCAACAUAG